UGCUCAUGCACAGAGAGACACUCCCAGUGUCUGAUUUCCUGGGAGCAAUAGAAGAGAAACGGUUUAACAGAAUGGAUAAAUAUGAGAUUAUUCGUAUGAUUGGAGAAGGUGCGUUUGGCAAAGCGUUUCUUGCGAAACAAAAAUCAGAUCAUGCCCAAUGUGUAAUCAAGGAAGUAAACCUAUCAAAGAUGCCACUACAAGAAAAGAUAGCAUCUCACAAGGAAGUCACUCUACUGUCUAAGAUGAAGCACCCAAACAUUGUAACGUUCUUCACUGCAUUUGAAGAAAUUAAUUAUCUUUACAUUGUCAUGGAAUAUUGUGAUGGUGGAAAUCUGAUGAACAAAAUAAACCUAAACAGACUACGACGGGUCCUGUUUGAAGAAGAUCAGAUCCUGAGCUGGUUUGUGCAGAUCUCCUUAGGUUUAAAGCAUAUUCAUGAUCGGAAAGUCCUACACAGAGACAUUAAAGCAGAGAACAUCUUUCUCUCCAGAAAUGGGACUGUGGCCAAGCUGGGUGACUUUGGUCUGGCGAGAUUGCUAAACUACUCAAUGGAAUUGGUUCGUACUCAAGCAGGAACGCCAGUUUAUCAAUCUCCUGAAAUCUGGCAAAAUCAGCGCUACAAUAACAAGACGGAUAUCUGGUCUUUAGGAUGUGUACUAUAUGAAUUGUGCGCACUAAAGCAUCCCUUUGAUGCACCGGAAAUACCUCAACUAAAGUCAAAGAUCUGCAGAGGGUUUUUUGAACCAAUUUCUGCAAAAUAUUCCUAUGAUUUGAGGGGCCUGAUAUCUCAGCUUUUGAAGAUAUCGUCAUGGGAUAGACCAUCUAUAAAUUCAAUAUUAAAGAAGCCAUUUCUUGAGAAGAUGAUAAAAAGAUGUUUGAGUCUAGAGGAGGAAUUCAGUCACAUGGCAUUGCACAAACAGAAAGAAUUGCCUCCAAAGCAUCCCAGAAGUACUCCAACACCUAGACAGCCAGCAGCUGAUGACCCACGCACAAACCGAAAACCGUGGAGACAGAACGCACCUGGGACAAUGUGGAAGGACGAUGUUUGUGAUGGGAAUCUGGAGCAGCGGACUCCAGCUAAGAAUGAAGUAGAUGAAACCGAUACAACAUCAGAGGUUGAAGAGCAACUAGAACCAAGUUCAGAUGAUUACGACACCAAUUUUGAAGAAUCAGAAGAUGAGCUUGGAGAAAGCGUAAUGGAAUCUAUGGAAAAGUUUAUGAAACACAGAGAAGAUGAUUCAAGUGUAAAGCAAAAGAAUGUAGAUAAGAACGUGGAUGAAGAAGGUACCGGGAAAGCAAAUGAUUUGCACACAGAAGAACCUGCCUUAAAUAAUAAUAAUGUAUCAUCUGGUCAUAUCCCACCAUCUGCAACCAAUGUGUAACAAGAAAGAAAAUGAAAAUAGUAAAGGACAUAUUGCUAUUAUUCAAAAUGCAGUCAUAUCUGUAACAUAUUUGAAACACACUGUAAACAAAUACUAUAUGGUAUUUUACAGCGGUUAUUUCCACAACCACCUUAGCGAGUCUUUUAGUUUGUUUUUUAAUGUGAUGUGUUCAUGAAUGUUACAUCCUAUUGCCACAUUUCAAUAUAAAUAUCUGGUAUGCAAUUCAUCAGAGGCUCCCAUCCUAGAAUAAUGGAACCAAGACUUUGGUCCAGCAAUGUAAAAUGAGGAUAUCGGCUUGCUUCCACAAACCCACGUUUUUCCAAAAAUAUGAAUUUUACAGAAUGCCUUAGCUUGAUGUUGUCUUCCAAAAGGCCCUAUUCAGAAUCUGUUCUUCAGUGGCAUCUUUAUCACCAGUGUAAACAACAAAACUGGCAUCUUUAACCCCUUAAGA